AUGGACAAGUUCUUGAAAGGUGAUGACGCAUUCAAAAAUUCAAGGCUUAAGCUGAUUGCUAACAUUGUUAAAGGUCCGUGGAUUGUUAAAAAAGCUGUUGGAGAACAAGCCAUUUGCAUAAUUGGGCGUGCCCUAACCUGUAAAUACUGUACGGGAGAAAAUUUCUUAGAAGUAGAUAUUGAUAUUGGUUCCUCCAUGGUUGCAAGUGCAAUAGUUCAUUUGGCAUUUGGUUAUGUUUCAACUCUGACUGUUGAUUUGGCUUUUCUUAUUGAGAGCCAAGCAGAAUAUGAACUUCCAGAAAAACUCUUAGGUGCUGUCAGAUUUUCUGACCUGGAUCCUGCUUCUUCUGCUAGGACUAGAGCCCUCAUCUUUGAUGAGUGCAAAUAA